ACAUCCCGGCAAUUGAAACGCAUGCGUGUAUUCAAGAUAAUGCGGCACGUAUAUACCAGCACAUUUCUGAUACUGUUCAUGAAUCAUUUUCUCUCGAUUCUAGUCUUCCACUGGCUCAAAUCCUUUUGCAAUUUGCCACAGCUGCAUUUUCUCCCUUUGUGGCAGUACUGGAGUCCAAGAUGGUUCCAUAUUUACCCGUCAAUGCUCAUAAAAAUGUAGAAGAAUUUGUGUUUAAAAGCAAACAAUUAAUGCAUUCUCGGAUAGAAAGCAUGGAUCUUUCUCGACUGUUUGCUCUGGAUUCUUUGGUGCCUGUAAAAACUAUAUCCCAUCCGCUUGAGCCCGUUCUUUCGACAGCAGUUUCAUCUGAAUCUACUUUGAGUACUAUACCGUUGGCGAAUGCUGAUCUAGACGCAUCAACCACUCCAUAUCAUGGCACAAGAAAGCGUGUAGACUCUACAUCUCCCACCUCGCCUGCUCGAAAAUUGUUCAAAAAUGAUAUUUCUGAUAGUCAAACCCCAAACAUGACACAGUCAAGAGCUGCAGCUUUAGAAUUGGAACGGGUCAUGGAGGCUGCAAAACUCAUCUUGAUGGCACCGCAAAGCCCGUAAACUUUUUUCUAGAUAUUCUGGCAUUUUAUCCUAGUAAGCCUUGUUGGGUUUUUGAAUACAAUAAAUAUAAGCUUAAAGAUUUUGCAUCUUUUUGCAUGCAAUAAGCAU